UGUGCUACGUGGAAAAGGAAGCAGCGAGCAAGCUAAUGCUAGCAUUGCUACAAGUUGUGAGCGACCAAAACAAACGAUGACAACCAAGGAAAGUAGCCGUGAAAUUUGGGAUUAAACGUGAGAAUGGUCUGAAUUUGCGAUGGUUGCAGAGUUCUGGGGAUAACUGUAUUCCUGCAUGACUGACCUUUGGCGUGAAAGCGAUUUUGAGGGCCAGCUUGUCAGUUUUCGAUCCGAAACUAUAGUGCAUUGGUACUGUCCAUAUACACCAAAGGUAUGCAUUGCUAACUAGCUGUUUGGUAACUUGCUGUCAUCAAAGCUUGGAGUGGACAGUCCGUUUUUUGACAGUGCAGAUUAUUCCCAACCAGUCGGCGUUGAUUAUAUAUCUAUAUGAAAAAAUGGAAAAACGGAAAAAAUAAACGUAUUCUUCUGCUGACGCUGAAUUCGCUCUAACAUCCGUGUUACAAAUCCUGAACUUGGAGUUUGUUUGCUGUCUUGCCUUAUAAGCAAAAUGAGUUGGUUCAACGCAUCUCACCUGUCCAGCUUCGCUAAACAAGCUUUAACAUCAGCUCAGAAGUCAAUCGACCGAGUUCUGGACAUCAAAGAGGAGGACCAGUGGGAUGGUACAACUGUAAUGCCCCACCACGCAGAUGUCACAUUACCUGGAAAGCUUUCAUUAAGUGGAGGCUGGGGGCUGACACAGUGGGAAGCACCCACCGAGGAAAAGACCAUCACACCACCCCCUUCAUCAGAAGCCAUCACUACUCCCGUCACUCGUACUGUUGUGGAUGAAUCCGAAAAUUUUUUCAGUGCCUUUUUGUUACCUGGAGAUUCACAGGCUGUCACCAAAACUCAGGUUGUGUCAGUACCCCCUACUAAGUCUCAAAGGCAGCCUCAAGAGAAAGAAAAGCAAAUCAAAGAGGCUGUUGUCCAAAAAGAUGUGGAGAGUCAAAUGUCAUUCGUGGUUGAGGGUCCUCAAUCUGGACCUGCUGAUAAGAUCCAUGAGAGUCAGAAAGCUGCUGAGAUCCAGGUGGUGGAGAUCAAGCCCUCACCAGCAGACACUGUCCUCCUGCAGCCAGUUUCUCCUGUUUCCUCUUCCAGUGAUCUUCCUUGUGACUCUGACAGUAAAGCAAGCAGUGUGAAAACAGAUGCUGACUCAGUAGUUUCUGUUGACUCAAAAGCAGAGCAGUCACACACUUCAAUAGAACACCAACCAGAGAAGGAUACCACAGAUUCCCCUCAACCUAAGAGUGCUGCCCCUUCUGAUCCGUCACCUCCCGUAUCCACUAAGGAAGUACUCCUAGAGCAUAAAGACUCAAAGACAGAGGAUCGUCAGAAUGAUACACCCUCUCCUCCAGUUAGUGCUUUCUCCUCAGGAACCUCAACCACCAGUGACAUUGAAGUGCUUGACCAUGAGAGUGUGCUGAGCGAGAGCUCAGCCAGCUCUAGACAAGAAACCGGUGAAGGAAAGACUGGCCUUCACCUAAUGCAGGGCUCCUUCCAGCUUCUCACUGCCUCCACAUGUGGAGAUUUUCCUAGACUAGAAGACUACCCAAAACUCACAGAGAGCUGUGGUUCCUCCUCAGAUGCAUUUGAGCGUAUUGAUUCCUUUAGCGUGCAGUCACUGGAUAGCCGGAGCGUCAGUGAGGUCAACUCGGAUGACGAAAUCCCUGGCAGUCGGACUCUAGCAUCCGUCACUGCGGGUCCUGCCCCUUUAACAGUGCAACAAGCUGAAUGUCAAAAGCAGGAAGGUGGAGAGGCAGCAAAGGUAGAUGAGAAGGAAGAAGAUGACGAGGAGGGAUUCACUGAAACAAUGCGGGAGCAGUCGCUGGAUGAGAUGGAGGAAAGCGGACGAAGUGCGACACCUGUGAAUAGCGAGCAGCCCGAAGACUUGACAGAGCAGGAGGCUAAUCUCACACUGUCUGAUGCCACCGCUGCAGCUGAAGAACAGAUCACUCCACCAAUCACUGCAGAAAUGAAAAGUGCCUCAACUGUCCAGAUACUGGAGCUUCAAAAGGUUAUUGAUGAGCUAUCAGGGCGCCUUGAGAAGAGAGAGUCUCAGCUGCUGGCAGUUAGCAAAGACAAGGCCACACUGGAGGAGGAGUGUGACAAUCUGAAAGAUGAAGUGAUAGGUCUGAAGGAGGAGAGCUCCACUGUUCAGUCCCUGAAGGAAGAGUUCACCCAGCGUAUAGCAGAGGCAGAAAGGAAGGCUCAGCUGGCCUGCAAAGAGAGAGACAUAGCUAAGAAGGAGAUAAAGGGUUUGCGAGAGGAGCUUUCCACAAGACUAAACGCCAGUGAUACAAUGGAGAUCAUCAAGGAGAAGGAGGAGCAGAUCAGAGGUCUGCUGGAAGAGGGUAAGACUUGUUUACAGAACAUGUUUUUUUUCACCGCAACCAACAGAUGGCAUAAUCAACACUUGGUAGGACAGUAGCUCUUACUUACUGUGGAAAAUAAAAAUACAAUUAUUGAUAUUCACUUCAACUAUAAAAUGAUCAUGGUUUCCUGUUAUGUGCAGGUUCUAGAUGGAAAGGAGGAGGUGGAGAAACAACACAGAGAGAACAUCAAGAAGCUGAAUGGUGUGGUGGAGCGCCAGGAGAAGGAACUGAGCAGGCUGCAGUCAGACACUGAGGAGCUGCAGGAGAAAAACAGGAGCCUCGAGGCUGCUCUGGACAACUCUUAUAAGGAGCUAGCAGAACUACACAAGGUAAAUGCCAGCAGAGCCAGUGAGGCUGAAGAGGUGGCUCUGAGCAGGGAGACGCAGGCCAGAGAACAGCUGAGUCUGGCUCUGGAGAAGGCUCAGGAGGAGGCCAAGAUACAACAGGAAGCCCUAGCAAACCAGGUGGCUGACCUGAGGCUGGCACUGCAGAGAGCAGAGCAACAGCAGGCCAGGAAAGAAGAUUAUUUGAGAGAGGAGAUCAGUGAACUUCAACAGAGACUUCAGGAUGCAGAAACUAGGAACCAGGAGCUCAGCCAGAGCGUUACCUCUGCCACGCGACCUUUACUGCGACAAAUUGAAAACCUACAGGCCUCACUGGGUGGUCAAACGGCCUCGUGGGAAAAACUUGAGAAGAAUAUCUCUGACAGGCUUGCGGAUGCCCAGGCGCAGCUAGCCAUUGCUGUGGAGAAAGAGCGAUCAGCAACAGAAGAACUGUUGUCCAUUAAGUCCCAGUUAGCCUCUCUGGAAUCCCAGAAUUCCUUGCUUCGGCAGGAGAAAGCCAGGCUUCUGGCACAGCUGGAUGCUGAGAAAAACAAGAGGGAGAAAUUGGAAGAUGAGAGCAGCAGGGAUCGUGUUGAAUUGGAAAACCUGCAAGGAGAACACAAUCGAACGUUAGAGGAAACAAAGAAAGAAAAGUUACUGCUGACUAAUCAGUUAGAGAUGGAGAAGAUGAAGGUAGAGCAAGAAAAGAAGAAAUGCUAUUUGGCACAGGAAGCACUCAAGGAAAAGGAGCGAAAGGCCACGACACAAUCAGUUGGAGAGGCCCUAGCAUCAUCUACACCCUCCUUAUCUCGCUCCAGCUCGAUGAGUGGGGCAGACAAUGGGCUGCACACUUCUGUUCUUUCACAGGAUGACUCUUUAGACCAUUCGCUGGGCACUAUGACUAUGUCCAUGUCGAUGAGUGGGACCAACCUGUAUGAGGCGGCCAGACUGUCUGGAGGCUCCAGCAUCAUAGAAAACCUCCAGUCUCAACUCAAACUGAGAGAAGGAGAGAUAGCACAGCUGCAGCUUGAGAUCGCUAAUCUGGAGAGGAGACGAUCUGUGAUGGCACAGGAGCUGGUUCGACUCACAAAUCAAAACGAUGAGAUGGAGGAGAAGGUGACAGAGAUCCCCAAGUUGAAAGUUCAGCUGAAGGAUCUGGAGCAGAGGCAUAACACCAUUCUGCAGAUGUAUGGAGAAAAGGCUGAAGAAGCAGAGGAGCUGAGACUGGACCUUGAAGAUGUAAAGAAUAUGUACAAAACCCAAAUCGAUGAAUUGCUGAAGAACCAGAAAUAAACCAGUUUCCUUUACGUGUUAUUUUGGGGCACGAAUCAGCUGACAAUAUCAACAAUAAAUGCAUUCACAAGAAACAAUGAGGUAGAACCUUUAAGUUGAAUCACUGUGUAAGAAGGAAAUUCAUUCAUAUUUGUUAUUUUGUUUUAAUUGAUUAUCAUAUGCUUUAUUUAAGUGUCAAUAUUGGAAUUGUGCAAAGCAUACAAUGAAUACAGAAUCAGUAUGUGAAGAAUUGUCGACGUUGACUUGACUCGUCCAUCUGGAAUCUUUGGGAGUUUGCUUUCAAAAUUUCUUGUGAUUGAACCUUUAACAUAGUAUUGUAUAGUUUAAAUUGUAUGAGCUGGUGAAGGUUUUUUCACUAUAUGAAUUCAUCCAACAUUUCUUCAUAAUCAGAAAGGUUUAAGAUAUAUAUAAAAUGUAUUGUACAGAGAAAUUUAUGUAUUGUUCUUAACACCUUACAGAUCACAAAGUGUGGUGUAGGCCUGAGUAGUCUUUGAGUGAAAUCCUGAAGAUUGGAUUUCAAACUUUAUACAUAUGUAAAUUAAUAUACAUUUAUUAGGUUAGUAAAAAGUAAGUUGGUUCUUUAUUGUUAAAUCACACAGAAGAUCGAAUUUUCAUUGCAUUCAAAUAAAACACUACAUCUCAGUGCAACACAACAAUAAAUCUGUU